AUGGUCUACCAUAUGCCAGAGUGCCGGGACUUUUCAAGUUUUUUGCUCUCGGCCGAGCUCAGCGAUGUCACCAUCCAAUACGAAGACGGUCUAUUACCCGUUCACAAGAUCAUCCUAGCGCAGGCCUCCGAAUACUUCAAAACGCUUCUAACGGGUCCGUUCGCUGAAGCAGGCCAACGCAUUGUCGAGCUCAUAGAUGAUCCACCCAUGGCUAUCGAAGGCAUGAUAGCAUGGAUCUACGGCAUGCAAUUCAACCCACGAGAUCGCUACAACAAGUACAUCGAAAACUUCCAUUUCGUCACAAGCGACGAGACUGGAGUCGAGUUCGUAAAAUAUCAGGUGGACCUGUUCUUCACGGCUGAGAAGUAUCUGCUAUCUCGACUUGCGACAAGCGUCGAAGGCUACUUCUUCCACAUGCUGUUGGAUGUAUCGCGACAAGUGGAGUUCUUGCACGUCAUCGCCAAGCACGUGUACAUCGCUCGUGCUGAGGAAGCAGUGGCACUGCGUGUACACGUGGCUAAUGCGUACUUGGAGAGGAUACGUUCUAUUAAGGAUACCGAGGAGUUGAAGCAGCUGCUCUUGGACAUCCCGGAGCUGGCGUUCGAUAUCAUUCGAGCGGGCGCUACAUUACCUGCUGCUGAGGAGGAAGACGAUAAGCCAAGAAAGGUUUCAUCUGGAAGCGGUGCGUUUCCACCACUGCCUAGAUCGCGUUAA